GUCCAAAAAAGAAUUGUGGGAAGGAGGAAUAAAUAUGGUGGUAUGACGAAUAGAGAAUACAUUUCGCUCAAAAUUUUGCCAUAUUACAGACCCGACAGGACAGCUGUGUUGUGACAUCAAACGUUAUAAUAAAAGAUGCCUAAGAAGAAAUGGGGAGACAACCCAAAGGCCGUGGAGGCACGGACUCGCAAGGAGAACAAGAAACGAGAGGAACAUGAGAGAUUAGAGAAGGCCAAGGAUGAUGCGUACUGGGCAGACGAUGAUAAACAUCUCAAAAGGAAGCAGCAGAGGAAGGCUGACAAGGAGUCUAAGAAGCAGGAGCAUCUUGAGAAGAAGCUGGAGAAACAGCGGCUGCUGGAGGAGGAGAUGGCCCAGCUGAAGGGUCCUGUCUCCAAGACUGGGGGAGGGGGGAAAGUCACCCAGGCACAGAUCCAGGCUCAACUGGAGAAGGAGAAACAACAGGCUGAGCUGAAAGCCAAGCGUGUGGAACCGGAGGAAGCUGCACUGGAGGAAAAUGUGAACAAACUCAUCGCUGACCAGCUGUCAGCAGAGGGAGCUGUGGAGGCAAGGUCUGUGGAGGAGGCCAUCUCUGUACUCAGUGUAAAGGAUGCAGCUGCAGACAGGCACCCAGAACGGCGCAUGAAGGCCGCCUUUAACAAGUACGAGGAAGAGAACCUGCCCCGUCUGAAGCAGGAGAACCCCAACAUGCGCCUGUCUCAACUCAAACAGAUGCUGAAGAAGGACUGGAUGAAGUCCCCGGAGAACCCCAUGAACCAGAGAAAUCUAGCUUACAAUGCUAAGUCAUAGCAGGUAUAUUUAUAGCCAUGGAUUGCAGAAUUCCAUGACUAUGGAAGUUGUGAUCAAUCCAUAGUCUCAGCCCCAGGUUGAGGACAGGAAGGAUAUGAUUUUGCACAUUUAAAGGAAGGCAAAUUUUGCUCACAAGUAUUUGUAAGCAUUGAAGCAAGGCCAACAAAAAGUUGUAGAAACAUGUUCAUCAUGUGACAACUGUGAUAAAUGGUGAGGUACGUGGAAUAUGUAAAAUCCUAGUUUGUAAGUUAUCUGUAGAAGAUGUUGAAGGCAGAUAUAACUGUAAACAUGCUGUUCUGUUGGUCUUGUUGCCUUGGGUACUGAUGCCACAGGAAAGCCAAAAAGGUAGAUAUACCUCAUGCACUCAUGUGUUUCCUACAUGUACUUUUUGUCUAUUGUUUACUAUUUACAGCAUUGUGAUUGAAAACUAUAUAUUUGUUUGUUUUGUUUAUUACAUGUAUUCAAUUGCUAACUAUGUGGGAAAGUGAGACUGUCCAAUUCUACAGGUAAAGUGGAUGAAUGUCAGUACCAGGAAAACUGUCUGUAUUUAGUGUCUGUAUUUACACUGGAAUACAUAAGUGCUGUAUUCAUACUACCAUCAUAAGUGCUGUGGCAUUAUGUAGUGAUGGAGCUGAAAUAGAUUUACAAUGAAAUAUGGCAGAGGCAUUUGAAAUUAUUUUUCAGCUCAUAACUCUACAAUAUCAUCUACAACAUGAGUUGUAGAAAUUUAGCUGGUUGACGUUCUGCAGUAAAUUUGUGGCAAAGGAACUUUUAAGAGCAAAUUCUGGGCUGUUAGCUCUCCACACCAUUGUAUAAAACUGCACCUUGUUUCAGUAACAUUUUAGGAACUUAUAUAACUUGUAAACUUCAACAUUAUAUUGAGACAUCAACAGAAAGCUUGACAUCAGGAUACUACCAUUUAUGCAAUGGUAGUUGCCUAGUUGGUUUGCUCUACAGUUUUCAUUCUAAACCUGCACUUUGGGAAUUGUUGAGCUUGUCCUUCUAGUUUGUUUACUUUCACAUGUACUGGUAUGUCUCCAAUGGGACAUCAGUAUACCAGUGUUCAUUGCUAUGAUGUAAUCAUUAUUGAUAUGAAA